GCCGUCCGCUAGCGGGUGGCAGAGGCUGGGCGGGGCUCCCGGCGCUCGCGGGACUGUGCCGCCUUCCGAUCGCUACCCCGCUUCUCUUCGGACCGUUAACCUCGAAUGAGGAACAAGCCGGGAGGGGAGGGAAGGGCUGCGGCGGCGCGGGCAAAGCCCGCCGGGCCCAGGGCCGGGAGCGGCCAGGUCACGUAACGGCUGCUCUGGCGUCUGGCCGGGGAGGGGGUGCCCUCCCCGGCAGCUAGAGCCUUCCUGCGCUUGCUGCGGCUCCGAAACAGUUACCGGCUCGUAAACAACAGCUGCGCGCGCACCCCGCAUCAGCUGGCGCGGGGAUCCCGCACCUGCGAACUCCUUCUCAGCCGCGCCGCCCCCUCCUAAUCAGCCAGGGCCAGCCUGCGAGGCCGUCUCUUCUGCUAGGACCCAAAGGAAGAACCUCGAGGGGCUGACCAGCACCAGCGGCCUGGUAGGGGAGAAAGCGUCUCUGGUCAAAGGGUUGGCUGGUCCUGUCACACGCAGGAGAAACCCAGCGAGCGGAUCGUGGGUUCGAUGGAAUAGCAACGACCUGCCACGACCCUGAGCUGCAGUCCGAGGUGUCUCGAUCCGCUAGCCGCCUCCUCCCAGAUCCCAGGGACCUUUCUGCCAGAAGAGCAGGCAGGCGGGUCACCCCCAUAGACCUCUCCGCUCUGCCCCUGCAUCCUCCUCUGCUCACCCUUCUCUCAUUCUCCUCCGUACAGCAGUGUGUGAUAUUUUUCCCGUUAUGCAUGCGCACUUCUCCCACCAGAUCCAAGUGGAUUAUCUGCCUCAGAAACCUCGGGUGGCUGUACACACACCUCCUCCCAGCCAGACCUGUGGGGUAUUCACCUGAUAUACAACAGGUGGCCGGGUGUACACCGUUUCGCAAUCUGAUCUGUGCUGUAUUUGCAUGAUAAGGGUGGGCCUGCGCGCAGUUUGCUCAACUAGAACCGUGGGACAUUUACUAGAUAAAGGACUCACUACCUCGACCGAAACCUGGGAGUCGAGAGGAGAAAGGCUUCACCUUCUCUUAAGACCAUGGCACUGAGCCCGCAGCCCUCCCUGUACCAGGAGAGAGAGCUAGAAAGCUCUUCAUUCUGAAGGAAAGAAGUUAACAGGAGAUAAGCAUCGUUUUGUCUUUUUUUUUUUUCUUAAAUAUUUUUCAGCUACUUGGUAGUGCACUCUCUAGGACACUGCUUGAAUUCUGAAUAUAAGAAUUCUUAUUUGGGGCUUUUUGUGGUGAAAAUCAAGAUAAUUGAGGGUGUGUUUUUUUUUUAAUCUUUUCUGUUUUUGCUAUCAAAAGCAGCCUAGUGUAGGAGGAAAGAUUUUGCGGGGUUUUCCUUUUUUCUUUGCCCUUAUAAAGGAAAAGAAAAAGAAAAAUGCAUCCUCCAGAAACCACCACCAAGAUGGCUUCAGUUCGGUUCAUGGUGACACCAACAAAGAUCGAUGAUAUUCCGGGUUUGUCAGAUACCAGCCCGGACCUCAGCUCUCGAUCCAGUUCCCGGGUAAGAUUUAGCUCCCGGGAAAGUGUGCCUGAAACAAGCCGUAGUGAGCCCAUGAGUGAGAUGUCUGGAGCCACCACAUCACUGGCCACUGUUGCACUGGAUCCAGCCAGUGACAGGACUUCUAAUCCCCAGGAUGUUACUGAGGACCCGAGUCAGAACUCCAUCACAGGGGAACACAGCCAGCUGUUAGAUGAUGGGCAUAAGAGAGCCCGAAAUGCAUAUCUCAAUAAUUCCAAUUAUGAAGAAGGAGAUGAAUAUUUUGAUAAAAACUUGGCACUCUUUGAGGAAGAGAUGGACACCAGACCAAAGGUGUCUUCUCUCCUCAACCGCAUGGCCAAUUACACUAAUUUGACUCAAGGAGCAAAGGAACAUGAAGAGGCAGAGAACAUCACUGAAGGGAAAAAGAAGCCCACCAAGACUCCCCAAAUGGGUACCUUCAUGGGUGUCUACCUCCCAUGUCUACAAAAUAUUUUUGGAGUGAUACUGUUUCUACGCCUUACAUGGGUAGUGGGCACAGCUGGAGUUCUGCAGGCCUUUGCAAUUGUCCUUAUCUGCUGCUGCUGUACAAUGUUGACUGCCAUCUCCAUGAGUGCCAUUGCGACCAAUGGAGUAGUGCCAGCUGGAGGCUCAUACUUUAUGAUUUCCCGAGCACUGGGCCCAGAGUUUGGUGGGGCUGUUGGCCUCUGCUUUUAUCUCGGUACCACAUUUGCAGCAGCUAUGUAUAUCCUUGGUGCCAUUGAAAUUUUUUUGGUAUAUAUUGUCCCCCGGGCUGCCAUCUUUCGUAGUGAUGAUGCACUCAAGGAAUCAGCAGCCAUGCUAAAUAACAUGCGUGUCUAUGGCACAGCCUUCUUGGUCCUCAUGGUAUUGGUGGUAUUCAUCGGCGUACGCUAUGUGAACAAGUUUGCCUCACUCUUUCUGGCCUGUGUCAUUGUGUCCAUCUUGGCCAUCUAUGCUGGAGCCAUUAAGUCGUCUUUUGCCCCUCCACACUUCCCGGUCUGCAUGCUGGGUAACCGCACCCUGUCAUCAAGACACAUUGACGUUUGCUCUAAGACCAAGGAAAUUAGCAACAUGACAGUGCCGUCCAAGUUAUGGGGCUUCUUCUGUAACUCAAGUCAGUUUUUCAAUGCCACCUGUGACGAAUACUUUGUUCACAAUAAUGUCACUUCAAUCCAGGGCAUUCCCGGAUUGGCUAGUGGUGUCAUUACAGAGAAUCUUUGGAGUAAUUAUCUACCAAAGGGAGAGAUCAUUGAAAAGCCUUCAGCCAAAUCUUCUGAUGUUUUAGGCAGCUUAAACCAUGAGUAUGUCCUUGUUGACAUCACCACCUCCUUCACUCUUCUGGUGGGCAUCUUCUUUCCCUCUGUCACAGGUAUCAUGGCUGGAUCAAACAGAUCUGGAGAUCUGAAAGAUGCUCAAAAGUCUAUUCCCAUUGGCACUAUCCUUGCCAUCCUGACCACCUCCUUUGUCUAUUUAAGCAACGUUGUCCUUUUUGGCGCCUGUAUUGAAGGCGUUGUUCUCAGAGACAAGUUUGGGGAUGCUGUGAAAGGUAAUCUGGUGGUGGGUACCUUGUCUUGGCCGUCCCCGUGGGUGAUUGUCAUUGGCUCCUUCUUCUCCACCUGUGGGGCUGGACUUCAGAGUCUCACAGGUGCACCGCGGCUCCUGCAGGCUAUCGCCAAGGAUAACAUCAUACCCUUCCUGCGAGUUUUUGGUCACAGCAAAGCCAAUGGGGAACCUACGUGGGCUUUACUUCUGACUGCGGUCAUUGCAGAACUGGGAAUCCUGAUCGCCUCCCUGGAUCUCGUGGCCCCAAUUCUCUCCAUGUUUUUUCUCAUGUGUUACCUCUUUGUGAACUUGGCUUGUGCCUUGCAAACAUUACUUCGAACACCCAACUGGAGACCACGGUUCCGCUACUACCACUGGGCAGAAGGGAUGCUAGAAAUUCAACUGAAGACAAAAAGGAAGUGCAUAUCCAGCAUUAAAGAUGACUCUCAGAAGUCAUGGUUCAUUGAUGACACCAUGAAGCCNCAACUAGAGGACAACAGUAUUCAGAUGAAGAAGGACCUGGCCACCUUCCUCUAUCACCUGCGCAUUGAGGCAGAGGUGGAAGUGGUGGAGAUGCAUGACAGUGACAUCUCAGCUUAUACUUAUGAACGCACUCUGAUGAUGGAACAAAGGUCCCAGAUGCUCCGGCACAUGCGACUAUCCAAAACAGAGCGGGACAGAGAGGCACAGUUGGUGAAAGACCGGAACUCAAUGCUAAGAUUGACCAGCAUUGGCUCUGAUGAGGAUGAAGAGACAGAAACCUAUCAGGAGAAGGUGCACAUGACU